UACUGCGCAACGACCACACCUGACAAAUCCCAGGUGGGGAGCGAAAAGAGCUGAUGAAGAUGCUUGCGGGGAUAGUGUUUGUGGCAAGGCUUACGGUGAAGAGGAGUGAAGAUACAUAGGGUGGACGUCGGCCUGCUAGGAAAGUCCUCAGCAUACCAAUCCUUCACAUCAGCAUUCACAACUAUGUCUUCUACAUCCGAUUUCAAUGGCUGGGUCGCCCACGACCCCUCUGCCGCCGAUGGCAACAUGAAGUGGGGCAACUUCGAGCCCAAGGCUUUCGAGGAGACCGACAUUGAGAUGGACAUCACUCACUGCGGUGUUUGCGGUUCCGACAUUCACACCCUUCGCUCUGGCUGGGGACCUUCCGAUUACCCUCUCGUUGUCGGACACGAGAUCAUUGGUCAUGUCACCAAGGUCGGCAAGGAUGUCAAGGACGUCAAGGUCGGCGACCGCGUCGGUGUCGGUGCCCAGUCUGAGUGCUGCGAGGACUGCCGCCCCUGUAAGAUGAAGCAGGAGUCCAACUGCAACAAGUUCACCAUGACCUACAACGGCAAGCACCUGAACGGCGACAAGUCGUACGGUGGUUACGCCAAGGCGUGGCGUGGACCUGCUUCCUUCGCCAUCCCUAUCCCUGAGGGUCUCCCCUCUGAGUUCGCCGCUCCCCUCAUGUGCGGUGGUGUAACAGUUUACAACCCUCUCGUCUCCUACGGCGCUGGCCCUGGAAAGCGCGUUGGUGUCGUCGGUGUUGGUGGCCUUGGUCACUUCGCCCUCCUCUUCGCUAAGGCACUCGGUGCCGACGAGGUCGUUGCCAUCUCUCGCUCUUCCUCGAAGAAGGAGGAUGCGACCAAGCUGGGCGCCGACCGCUUCAUCGCCACAGGCGAGGACCCCGACUGGGCCACCAACAACGCCAACGGCCUGGACCUGAUCAUCUCCACCAUCUCCGGCGCCUUCCCGCUCGACCAGUACCUUAACCUGCUCGACGUCAACGGCACAUUUGUCCAGCUCGGUGCCCCCGACGACCCACUUCCCAGCUUCAGCCCUAUGGGCCUGAUCUUCAAGAACCUCAAGAUCGCUGGUUCAUUGAUCGGCACCAGGCAGCACAUCCGCGACAUGCUGGAGCUGGCUAAGAAGACCAACCUCCAGGCUUGGGUCCAGGUCAGGCCCAUGAGCGAGGCCAACCAGGUCAUUGUUGAUUUCGAAAAGGGACUGCCUAGGUACAGGUACGUUCUCAAGAACUAGAUGUUGAUUUUGCGUAAUACCCAGUGCGGCCCAGGGCUGCUGUAAUGAAAUAGAUUUUAUUAAAUUAUCUCAUGCUACUUGCGUCGCCGU